CAUCGGAACAAUAUAAUCCUUGGAGAUACCUGCUCCCUCCUGACCGGACAAAGCGAUGCCUGUGGAGGAGGCUAGUUCACAGUAGGUUAAUUGAUAUUCAGUAAAACGUGUAUGCUUUAGAGAGCGCGAAAUGUAGCCAUUUGCAAGGAAUUUCAAGGCAAUUUGAGGCCUAAAGCUAUGGGGGGUGGUGUAACUACCCCCGAAUUCAUUCAAACUGUUCGAGGUGUGAAGGUCCUCUGGGGAGCACAUCAAACUGGCCAAGUUUCAUUCAGAUCGGCGGGGGUUCAUGUACCGCGACUGCAUGGUCCUGAUGGUCCUGUCACGGACACGCACUAAAUAAUCGUGAGACGAAACAGCAUAUAAAUCAUUGGCUAUAUAGAAGGCUCCGUACAUACCUUUGUCAAAGGGUGAAUUUUGGGUCUGCACGGGAAAAAAACCCGGAAUGUGGCAUAUGGAAGAGUUCUGGCUAUCUUAUAAAACAGAAUAAGCAAGAGCGUGCGAAUGGGGAGUAUACGGUACGAACGGUUGGACCGGACUAUCCUGAAGGGGAACCCCAAGUCCAACGCAAGCCUCCCUUCCAGCUUGACCUUUUGGUGGAUGAAUGACUUGUUGAAAUUGGGAAGUCAACAACCGUUAGAAUCUACAGACCUGUACCCGCUGUUAGGAGAGGAUCAAACGAAACAGGUCACCGACAAACUCAAGGAAGAAUGGGCCAGGUCAUCGUCGGACAAGUCAUCAUCGGACAAAUGCCAUGGACCGGGCGGUUGGCGGCUGCUGCGAGCGCUGUUUCGCCUCUCACCGUGGUACCUAUACGGGUACAUAUUCACUACCGGACUGGUGGCGGCCAUCUGCAACAUCUGCCAGCCCGUAUUUAUCGGACUACUUCUUUCCGGUUUGAUGCGGCUUCCUGGAUCGCACCCGGGCAUGCUGUACGUGUACGCUGCUGGUCUGUGUAUUAGUGCGCUCACCAGGGUCCUUAUACUACAUCAGUUUAUGUACAACGCGUGGCUCAUGGCCAUGAGGUGGAGGGCCGCUACUAUGGGCCUGUUGUUUAAUAAGAUUCUUCGAUUGAGUCAGACCACAAUUAACGAUGUCACGACAGGGUAUAUUGUCAAUCUGAUCUCGGGAGACGUCCAGAGGUUUGACCCCGUAGUGUGCCAAAUGGCGCUGUUUGUCCAGGGCUUGUUCGAGAUCGCUGCAGUCACUGGCCUCCUGGUAUACACUGUGGGUGUCCAGUCACUCGCCGGGAUCGCCUUCCUCGUCAUACUCGUUUUCUAUUACUGUGGAAUGGGUCGCUUGUGUGUCUAUUUGAGGAACAGAAUAGCCAAGAUCGCAGACGAGCGUCUUGGUCUGAUGAACGCCGUUCUUGCCGGAGUCCGCACUGUCAAGAUGUACGCGUGGGAAUUGCCAUUCAAAGACCGUGUCAGUCGAAUCAGACGGCAGGAGACGUAUUUCUACCGUCUAAAGGCUGGAGUACUGGCGACUUUCCAGACCUUCCUAUACACCUGCCAGAGCAUCGCGGUGUUUAUCACUCUGCUUGUGCUGAUCGCUACCGGUGUGAGCCUGGACACCUUCAACGUGUUCAUGCUGCUUGCUCUGGUCAACACAAUACGAUCUGCAGUGUCCUGGAAUAUCGCAGAGGGAGCAAACUACCUGGGCGACUUCUUAUCAGCUCUGCACAGGAUACAGAACUUCCUGGAAGUCAAAGAACUCAAGAAAAAGAAGCAAACAUAUUUCUUAGACGUAGAUCCAAAGAACGACGAUGUGCCAAGGCAGGAGGGCGAGUUUAGUGAUGUUAAUGAUAACAAGGAGGACGACUCAGAGGUGUUUUUAUCCGAAGUGCCACAAAUCUCGCUGGACGAGGAAGCUAAUAAGAAGCCGUAUCACGUGACUAUGAAGGAUGUCACGUGUUUCUGGAAUGGGGAGGUAGCGCCUUCGCUGAGUCACGUGACUCUGGAGCUAAGGAACUCGGACCUGGUGCUGGUGACCGGACCUGUUGGGUGUGGCAAGACCUCCCUCCUCUCAGCCAUACUCGGGGAACUAUCCGUCCGAAAAGGCGACCUGUCUGUAAACGGACGAGCAGUAUAUGUCCCCCAGUGCCCUUGGGUCUACUCUGGGACUGUUCGAGAGAAUGUAUUGUUUGGUAAAAAAUACCAGCAGUGGAAAUACCAGGUUGUUGUUCGAGCGUGCGACCUUGAGAAGGACUUGAACGAGUUUCCUGAUCGGGAUUUGACGACGAUCGGCGAGCACGGCGUCCUGCUAAGUGGCGGUCAGCGGACUCGCAUAGGCCUCGCGCGCGCACUGUACGCCGAUGCGGAUAUCUAUCUCCUCGAUGAUCCGUUGAGUUCCGUAGACGCGAAGGUUGGUCGCCACAUCUUUGACGAGUGCGUGUGCGGCAUUUUGAAGGACAAAACACGCGUGUUAGUAACGCACCAACUGCAAUACCUCAAGGGUGCUGACCACGUGGUCGUCAUGAACGCAGGCUCAGUCGCUUUCGAAGGAACCUAUGAAGAGCUGCGCGCGCAUCCUUACUUAGAGCUCAACCUUAUCGCGGGCCCGUACAAUGUCAGCCCCCCUGUAGCACGCUCGGUGGACUCUCGGCGGCUGUCUAGCGCUAGUAGUCUGAUGGAAGGGGAUUCCGGCGGCCUGGAAGUAGCCGAGGAGGACAGAUUGACGGGGUCUGUAUCUUGGGGGCUGUACUGGGAGUACCUCGUGGCGGGCGCACGACCUGUUGCUGUAGUUAUCUUCUUGGUCUUUUUCGUUGCGUCACAAGCUUGCUUGGUUCUCCCUGAUUGGUGGCUGUUAAAGGUGACCAAAUUACCGCGUCAUCAGCGCAACGAGGCAUCUAAUUACUAUACAUACGGGAUCCUGGUAGGCGCGGCUUUUCUUCUGACGGUCACGCGGACCUUUAUGUUUCUGUUCAUCACGCUCAACUCGUCACGCAAUCUGCACAACAAGAUGGCCGCCACGGUGUUGAGGGCGCCCGUGCUGUUCUUUGACACCAAUCCGACAGGGCGCAUCCUUAACAGGUUCUCACGUGACAUUGGAGUAAUGGAUGACCUUCUCCCCGGUGUUUCUCUGGACGCGUUCCAGCUGGUGCUGUACUGCGUGGGGGCCAUUAUUCUGCCAACUGUACUCAACCCUUGGGUCACACUUGGGGCCUUCCCCAUGAUCAUCAUCUUCAUCCUGAUCAGCCGCUAUUAUCUCCGCACCUCGAGGGAGCUGCGCAGACUCGAAGCGAUCAACCGCAGCCCAGUCUUCUCGCACUUCUCGGACACGCUAGAAGGCUUGGUUACAAUUCGAACACAUCAUAUGCAGAAAGGGUUCAUCAAGGCGUUUUAUAAGCAUCAAGACGAACACAGCAAAGUCUGGUUCACACUAUUGUCGGCGCUGCGUUGGCUUGGCAUUAGACUGGAUCUGCUCUGCGUCCUUUUCACCAUCGUUGUGGUAUUCGCGGCAAUUGCCGCUGAUUCAUCGGCGGGCGCGACGGCUCUGUCGCUAAUUUACGCGCUGCAGCUUGCCGUUGACACGUCACAGUACGGCGUCCGCCAGUGCUCCGAAACCGAGAAUUACAUGACGUCUGUCGAGCGCGUGAUAGGCUACACCAAUAUCCUCCCGGAGUCUGGGUACGAGACUGGCGCCAGGCCUCCCUCGGAGUGGCCUAAAAAGGGAGCCGUGGAUCUAGUCAACGUGUCUCUCGCCUACUACCCCGGCGCACCGGAAGUGCUCAAGGAUGUGACCUUCAGUAUUAACCCGGCUGAAAGAGUAGGCAUCGCUGGACGUACGGGCGCGGGGAAAUCAUCCCUGGUGUCUGCGUUAUUUCGAAUGCCCGAUCCAGAGGGACGCAUCCUUAUUGAUGGCUUAGAUAUCUCUAGUAUCGACAUACAGAGUUCCCGUCGCGCGAUUUCCGUCAUCUCACAAGACCCGAUCCUCUUCACCGGCUCACUACGACUCAAUCUCGACCCGUUCGAUAAAUACGCGGACGAAGAGAUAUGGGGUGCCUUGGAAGGCGCCAGUCUCAAACGAACAAUCUUGCAGAUGCCUGGACAGCUCAUGACUCAACUUAUGGAAUGUGGGUCAAAUCUCAGCGCAGGGGAACGCCAGCUGUUGUGUCUAGCGCGCGCCAUGCUUCAGCGUAACAAUAUUAUCGUACUGGACGAGGCGACGGCUAAUGUAGACUUUAAGACAGACGCUCUGAUCCAGGAGACAAUACGCACGAAGUUCAAGGGUUGCACUGUGAUAACCAUAGCACACAGAUUGAACACCAUCAUGGACUAUGACAAGAUAUUAGUGUUAGAGAGGGGAAGGGUAGCGGAGUACGGCACGCCGCAAGAACUGAUGGAGAUGCCCGAUGGCGUGUUCAGGCAGUUAUACGAGAGCCACGUUCAUCAUACAAUAUAAUUUUAUCAAAAAAUGUAACACAGAUACUAAUUUAGAAAAUAUGUACUAAAAGAACAAAUUAGUGUUAUUUAAAGGGGCAAUUUCACAUGUCAUGUGGUCACGAGGGGAAACUCAUCAAAGAGCCUAACCAGUGCACUGUUUAUUGGUUCAAUUUUUGGUUAGGAGUGCAUAAUAAUGUGUCCCAGACCUGCUUUGAACACACUAUAAGUUUUAUGUGCUAUACAUAAUACCCGAAGUAUUUUAGAAUUAUAGCGAGAUAUAGUGAAAAAAAUAUAGAAACUAAGUCGCAAGUCAGGCUUACUAGGGUCUAAAAAAAACAUGAAUAAGAUCAACGGCAAGUGCGGUUCUAUCUUAAACACCACCAGAUACAUAAUAGCUAAGGGUAAAUAGGGUAAUACCUAGAAAAGAUACAUUAUUUAAGAUUUCUUGGGAAUAAGAUGAAAUUAUAUUGAUCAAGACGUUGGAAAUAUAUGAUGCAUCAAAAUUCAAAA